AUGCUCGUUCCCGGUGCUUGCCCGCCGCUUCCUCGUCUUCCUAUUCCGCGCCGGUUCCUGUUCAUCUCGAGACACUUCGGAACCGGUGUUCUGAUCGCUACGGCAUUCGUACACUUGCUGCCGACAGCCUUUGUUUCCUUGACCGAUCCAUGUCUCCCUCGAUUCUGGAGUCAGACAUAUCGCGCAAUGGCAGGGUUCGUCGCGAUGAUAUCUGUCUUUGCCGUCGUUAUCCUGGAGAUGUUCUUUGCCAUGAAAGGCGCCGGGCAUGUUCAUGGGAAUGAGUAUGACACGCUUAUCGGCGAUAUGGGCCGCGAAUCCCUGGAGGCUUUCAGACAACCCGCUCCCAGCUACUCGAGAUUGGAGUCCCGAGACGCCUCGGGCAACAUUCGCCUGGAAGGAUUAAGUCAAGAUGGUCAAGAGGAUGAUAACGAAGCAGCUCCUGGUUCGUCAUACGAAUUCCAACGGCCAAGCUUGACCGGGUCUCGUCCGGAUAAAGAAGAUGAUGAUGCGGAUGUCGAUGGUCUUGAUGCGUAUGCCGAUGAUGUUCCGGUAAACGGACAGGCGCUACCAUCUUCUCGGUCUCACCUUCGUCACCGGCCGCAAAUUAAUGGUCAUCAUCGAUCGCACACCGAAUCUGACAUACCGAUGCAGAAUCCACAGCGCCAGCUCUUACAGUGUCUUCUUUUGGAGGCUGGAAUUCUGUUUCACAGUAUCUUUAUUGGCAUGGCACUUAGUGUCGCCACGGGCACGUCUUUCAUUGUGCUCCUUAUCGCCAUCAGUUUCCAUCAAACCUUCGAAGGGUUUGCUUUGGGGUCAAGAAUAGCAUCGCUCAUUCCUGAUCUUUUUUCGCCAAACUCUAUGAAGCCCUGGCUCAUGUCACUGGCCUACGGAACAACUACGCCUCUUGGCCAGGCCAUCGGGCUUGUCUUGCAUAAUCUUUAUGAUCCCGCUAGCACUACGGGCCUGCUCAUGGUUGGUAUCACGAACGCCAUUAGUAGCGGCCUCUUACUUUUCGCGGGUCUUGUUGAACUUCUUGCAGAGGAUUUCUUGAGUGAAUCCAGUUACGAGACUCUGAAAGGGAGGCGGCGCGUCGAAGCUUGUAUUUCCGUUGCUUGCGGAGCCCUCUUGAUGGCGUUCGUCGGGGCAUUCGCUUAA